GAGCACCUUGAGUGAUGCCCAAGAAGUUCCAAGGUGAAAAUACCAAGUCGGCUGCUGCCCGCGCAAGGAAAGCUGAGGCAAAGGCAGCAGCCGAUGCCAAACGUCAGCAGGAGCUGGAAGAUGCCUACUGGAAGGAUGAAGACAAACACGUGAUGAGGAAGGAACAAAGGAAGGAAGAGAGGGAGAAGCGGCGGCUGGAGCAGCUGGAGCGCAAGAAGGAGCUGCAGCGCCUGCUGGAGGAGGAAGACUCGAAGCUGAAAGGGAAGUCGCCCAAGCAGGUCACUCCGGGCAAAGUCACCAGGGCCCAGAUCGAGGAGACGAUCAGAAAAGACCAGCAGCAAAAGGAGAACGCAGAUACAGUUGAGAAGGAGAAGACUCAUUUGGAGGUCCCCUUGGAAGAGAACAUCAACAGGAGGGUGCUGGAGGAAGGAUCGGUGGAGGCCAGGACGAUUGAAGAUGCCAUUGCUGUCCUCAGCGUUGCCAACGAUCUGGACCGGCACCCUGAGCGCCGGAUGAAAGCUGCCUUCACAGCUUUUGAAGAGGUCAAUCUGCCACGCCUGAAGCAAGAGAACCCCAACAUGCGCCUGUCCCAGCUCAAGCAGCUCCUCAAGAAGGAGUGGAUGAAGUCUCCAGAAAACCCCAUGAACCAGCGGCACAAAGCUUACAACAGCCAAAAGUAGAACUAGAGCUGAUCGUCCCCCACGGACAGUGGGCUGGAGCCCCGGGGCUCUGCUUGGAUGAAAACAGGAGACACAAGGAACCUCCUCUCCU